AUGGCUCGCCUCGCUUGCGUAUUUCUGGUCUUUGUGCUGGCCUAUCAGUGUGCUGACGUGGUAAACGGUGCUGUGGAAGAGGAAGACCUUCCAGACUUUGUGGGGAAUAAAGGAGAAUUCCUUGAAAAAUUGAAGCAGCUUUGUAAAAAGGAACAUAAGACGAGGGUUAUUGCUGCAGUUGACUUUUCAAUCUGCCAGGUUUCCUGCUCGAUCAGUGCAUUCUGGAUUAUUUUUGGAGGGUCUUCUACAGUAAUGCUAACAAGCAGAGAACCAUGCAGCAAUGAAGGCGGGAUAUGCGUCCAAGGAGUAUGCGCCUACGAGUCAUGA